ACUGACAAUGCAACCCGAGAUUUCCGAGCCCGGUGGGUCCCUGAACGCCCCGGCAGCGUGGCGGCUCAUCAGACGUGAUUAAACUCACCUGGCUGCGGCGGCUCGCGCUGUCGAACCGAACCGUGUCAGGUUUCCGUUGGAUGCUGUCGUCAGUUUACCGGAGGUGGGAUGCAGAAAGGCCUCAAAAAGUACUUUAUCAACAUGGACGAGUACCUGUCCAGUCUGGGCCUGUACCGGAAGAUGGUGGCUCGGGACGCGUCCAGUCUGUUCCGAGCCGUUUCAGAGCAGUUGUAUUACUCUCAGAACUACCAUCAGAAGAUCCGCCAGGACUGUGCCAACUUCAUGAGAGCAAACCGGUGCAACUUCGAACCGUUUGUAGAAGGCUCUUUCGAAAAAUACCUGGAACGUCUGGAGGAUCCAAAGGAGACUGUGGGUCAAGUGGAGAUCAAGGCUCUGUCUCAGUUCUACAGACGUUGCUUUGUGAUCUAUCGUUACCCGGGAAAACCAGCCACUGUGAUCUCUGAGGAUGACUUCAUGGACAAGGUGACACUGUGUUGUUCCAUUAAUGGCCACUAUGACAUAGUUUAUCAGAGAAGUUACCCAGCCUCCGCGGCCCUCUGUCAGUCGGUGUUGUACGAGCUGCUCUACACCCAAGUGUUUGGGGUGGAGGAUCCAGAGGUCAGUCAGGCUAUGGAGGCCUUCAGGAUUGGAGGUCGUCGCUAUAGAAACAGUCCAUCAGUGUGUAGCGAUGUGGACGUUGGCUACGAUACGCCCGAAGAUCGAGGACAAAGGGAGGAGGUGGAGCCAGGUGGCUCUGCAGAGGACAAACCCAGACCCAUGAUGGAGGACACAAAGGCCCCUUCAGAUGCCCCCCCACCCUCCAGGCUCACACUACCCUACAAAGUGAUGAAGUCUUUGGAUGGAGAGGUUUACAGAAACUUGGAGUUUGAUGUGUGGCAGGACACAUGUAAAGAGAUGCAGAAGGCCGAUUACAUGGUGUUUGCAGGGAGACAGUAUUUCCUUGGUGACAAGUGUCAGGUGCGUCUGGAGCCAAAGGGAAAGUUCUUCAACGCUUUCAUCCAGGAAGUGGGGACACACUCUGCAGCGGUCACCGUCUUCAUUGAGGAGCUGGGAGAGAAACAUCUGGUUCCCCUUACUGAUGUGAAACCAGUGAACCCAGUUCCUGCAUGGAACAUUGCUGCUCCCACCAGAAAAGGAGAACUGGACCCGGACUCUCGUGGUCAGCGGCACCACCGCCAUCGUUACUUUAGGAAGUCUCGGGGCGGCAGUGGAGUGAAGGGGGCGGAGCUGCUAUUGCCUCCACCCUCUUCAUACGGAGGCCCCGCACCAGUCACGCUGCCCCCUCGCUUCCAGCCAGCGGGCCACCCUCGCCCACCGCCCCCCCCAUCACCAGGAGCCCUGACCUACGACCCUUAUGCACCCCCACACCACCACCACCCUACCACAGCCAGGCCCCCUCGCUACGGCGUGUCCAGAAGCUCUACUCGUUUCCUGAACCGUCACCUAAUUGGCCCACAGCUGACUUACUACCACCCCGGGAGGCGGUAUUACCAUGACUAUGACAACUACACCUUCAGAUCGCGUCGAAGUCGGCGUCACCUGGCAGCUGCUCUCAACAAAGAGUGUCAGUUCAGUUUCUCUGAGGCGGUGGACGAGUCGGCUGACCUGGAUACAGCCAUUGCGUACUACCAGCUGGAUGAUGGCAGCGAUGCCAUCUUUCCUCCACUGCCGGGUUCAGCAGUGGCUUCACCACCACACUCCGGACCCACCUACAGAGUUCAGAGAAGCUCGGGACCUGUUCCUCCUGCCGCGCCGCCUGGAAAUACCCCAGUGUGUUCAUCGGAGGAGGACCAGGAGGAGAGCAGUACCGUGGAGGACCAGACAGAGUACACAGAGGACUACAUUUACAGCCCUCAGGAUCAGAGCUACCAGACGUCAGGCGUUUAUGCAGCGGCUGAGCUGACUACCGCCCAGGACGAGCAGGAAGGAGGUACCGCUGACUCCCCCCCAAGACCAGACAUCAACUACAACUACACACAGCAGGUAGUGAAGCCGCUCGCAGUGAUCUGCUCCUCACCGUCUUCCUCCUCCUCUUCCCCCUCAUCUCCCUCGUCACGUGUUCCUGCAGCGGCUCACCUGCCGUCUCCUGCGCACACACAGACACGCUCAGUUGCCAUGGCAAUACCAGCAACCUCUCCCUGGCUGGUUAAUGAGUUGGGCGAGCCUCUCUGCUCUGUGGUGGGACCGCCUCCCUACUCCUACGACCCUAAUGGCAGUGAUUUGCCUCGAGACUGCAGAGUUCUUCAGUAUUACUUCAACCUUGGAGUCCAGUGGUACCAUCAGAACUACUGGCAGCAGCAGCAGCAGCAGCAGGCCUACCCCUCUACCUCGCCUGAGGGUCCCUACACCUACCAGCACUACCCCCCGUAUGUGGGCCAGGACCCCCCUCUGCAUGCUGCCCCCCAGUCUUACCCCGAGCCGCUUCGGAGCGCUCAUCAGUCCCCAUCCUCCUACCCAGAACCUACCAGAGCAGGGGAUGGGCAGACAGAGGGUCACAGCAGCGGCCCCGCCCCUCCAGACAGCUCAUCCUCCAUUGGUGCUACUCCCUCAGGCCUCACCCUUUCCUCCACGCUUUUGUAUCAGGACCAGGCUCCAGUGCCCCCUCCUACACUGUUGCACCUGCCUUAUGAAGCCUCGCCUCCAACUGCCUAUCUGGCCUCCAUGCCACCUAACUCCCCUCUUCCACACCCUCACCCUGCGCACCUCCACCACUCCACCUACCACUGCCUGCCGCCUUCUACCCACUGGGGAGCCCUCCAGGCUGGAGGCCAUGCCCCACGAGUCUACUGUCCGACCCCAAACCCCGCCCAUAUUGUUAGUUAUAUGACAGCGCCACCUCCACACCACACUGCUACGCACUACAUUCCCCCCACCAUCUAACUGUUGGUUGGUUUUUAGUGGGUAGUGCUAACUAUCUCCAGAAUGGUUCUUGCUCUGUGGAAAAACCUAUGACCAAAAGGAGAAAAACAUCUUUAAACUGUCAAAUAAUUAUUUCAGAUGUUUUGCCUUUUUGGUGAGCAGCUGUCAUAGGGUUACCAUGAUGACAAAAAAAGCAAUGGUUGUGUUGACUCCAGUGAUUGUGGGAGCCGGCUGAAGAAAAGAGAUUUUUGUUUGAAAGUGUUGGCCCCGCAGUGCUUUGGGCUCAGUCCCUCUUCACACGCAGGGAUAUAUUUAUGUUGACACCUUUUGUGUGGUGGUGUUUUUUGUUCUUUGGUGAAUAAAGUUUGUUCUUCACCAGCA